CGGAAGGGGCUAAAUCGACAGGAUCCUCUGUGCAGUUUGGUCCGGUUAUUGCAAUAGGUCUUCCAGAGGGGACCGACACGUCUGCAUCCACCAGCAAGCACACACCCCUCAGCACCGGUGAUGCAUCCCCGCGGCAAGGACACGGACAACUCCUCUGUAGGGUCGUCUAGACUUUAGAAUGGUGCAGAAAUCUCUCAACGGCGGGGUUUACCCAACUCAAGCCGGAGAGAAGAAGCACAAAGUCGGCUUUGUCGGUUUGGACCCCGGGGCUCCCGAAUCCAGCCGGGAUGGGGCACUGCUCAUUGCGGCUUCGGAGAGCACCAAACGGAGCAGCAUCCUCAGCAGACCGAGGUCCAGCAUCUCGGUCGGGAGACCCAGACCGUCCAAGAAAAACGCCAGCUAUCGGAAACUACAGAGUUUCCUCUAUAAUGCGCUGGAAAGACCGCGGGGCUGGGCGUUCAUCUAUCACGCUUAUGUCUUCCUCUUGGUCUUCUCCUGCCUCAUCCUCUCAGUCUUUGCCACUAUCAAAGAAUUCAAAGACAGCUCGGAGAAUGCUUUAUACAUCUUGGAAAUUGUGACCAUCGUGGUGUUCGGAGUGGAGUACAUUGUCAGGAUAUGGGCUGCCGGCUGCUGCUGUCGAUACAGAGGAUGGAGGGGGAGGCUAAAAUUUGCCAGAAAGCCUUUCUGUGUCAUAGACAUCAUGGUGCUGAUUGCCUCAGUGUCUGUGCUGGCAGCAGGAUCUCAGGGGAAUGUUUUUGCCACCUCGGCCAUCAGAAGUCUGAGGUUUCUGCAGAUCCUGCGGAUGCUGCGUAUGGACCGCCGAGGGGGGACCUGGAAGCUGCUCGGAUCUGUAGUUUAUGCCCACAGCAAGGAGCUCAUAACAGCGUGGUAUAUAGGUUUUCUGUGCCUCAUCCUGGCUUCAUUCCUGGUCUACUCCGUGGAAAAGGAGUCAAAUGACGAGUUUGAGACCUAUGCGGACGCUCUUUGGUGGGGAUUGAUCACUCUAACCACAAUUGGUUAUGGUGAUAAGGUUCCAAAAACCUGGAAUGGACGUUUGCUGGCGGCCACGUUCAGUAUGAUAGGUGUGGCAUUCUUUGCCCUGCCUGCUGGCAUUCUGGGUUCAGGCUUUGCCCUCAAAGUUCAGGAGCAACACAGGCAGAAACAUUUUGAGAAGAGACGUAACCCUGCAGCUUGCCUCAUCCAGGGGGCUUGGAGGUUUUAUGCUACCAACCUUUCCCGCACUGAUCUGCUGUGCACCUGGGACUUUUAUGAGGAGACUGUGGCUGUUCCAAUGUACAGAAUCAUUCCACCACUAAAUCAACUGGAUCUGCUGAGGAAUCUAAAGGGCAAGACAUUCAGGAAGGAGUCUCAGUCAGAAACCUCUCCCAGUAAUGAAAAUGCACACAAAGACAGACUUUGUGGGUGCUGCCCGAGAACUAUUAGUCGGAAGGCCAGUCUGAAGGACAAGGUGUUCCCCAGUCCUUCCAAAGCUCCGGUGGUGAAGGGGAAGGCCCCCUCGCCGGGGGCGGAGGACGGAGCUGAGGCGAGCCCCAGCAAAGUCCACAAGAGCUGGAGUUUCACUGAGAAGAACAAAGGGCAAAAGCACUCCUUCAGAGUCAGGGGCAGCGCCUCGCGCCAAAACUCGGAAGUGCUGAUUGAAAUGCAGGACGAAGACUUUGGACUGAAGCGUUCUCCAGCAAUUGAAGGUUUAAUAAAGGCAAGCCUCCCCGGAGAGGAAAUUGGCGACGAUAAGAGCUGCCACUGUGAGUUUCUCACCCAGGAAUUACCACCGGGAUUAAAGAUUACUAUUAGGGCAGUCUGCAUCAUGAAGUUCUUGGUGUCAAAGAGGAAAUUCAAAGAGAGCCUGCGACCGUACGAUGUCAUGGAUGUGAUUGAGCAGUACUCUGCAGGCCACCUGGACAUGCUGUCUCGCAUUAAGAACCUGCAGACCAGGCAAGUGAUAGAUAUGAUUGUGGGGCCCCCUCCCCCAACAACACCUCGCCAUAAGAAGUCUACUGAAGGCCCUAGGUUAGUUGUACCUUUCUCAAAUGCUAGAGUUGACCAAAUUGUUGGAAAAGGUCAAAAAGCCGACGGUGAGGCUGCAGAUGACCAGAGCAUGAUGGGACGCCUGGUCAAAGUAGAGAAACAGGUGGUUUGUAUGGACAGGAAACUCGAUUUCCUGGUUCACGUCUACGUGCAGCGUAUGGGCAUCCCUCAUUCUGAGACAGAGGCCUUCUUCAACUCCAAAGAGCCGUACCCAGCCCCGCCUUACCACAGCCCGGAGGACACCAAGGAGGAGAAAGCGGAGAUAAAAGAGGAGAAGAAUGUGAAGACGUGCUCCCCGGCGGACGUCCCGUGCUCCGACGGCUCUCUGGAGAAGAAAGACCCUCUGCUCGGUCAGUCUGUGGCCGGAUCGGUGUGCUCUCCGUCGGGCAGCCACAGCCGCCCCUCUACCUCCUGGAAGCACCAGCUGCAGCACCCUCUGAGCCAGCCCGCCUGGGGCAGCAGCAUGGCCAACACCCCCUCGCCCGUGGGUGGUUGCGGAGACCACUCGCCCACCUUGUUCCGCCUCCCCCCGCCGCCCGCCCCGGCCCACGACCGCUCCUCCUCCGGUCAGGGCGGGAGCUUCGGGGAGAGCGGCUCCCAGGGCCAGAGGCGGCGCCAGAGGCGGCAGCGGUACCAGCAGGACGCCGCCGCCAACGCCGCCAACGCCGUGGAGAGCGACACGUCCCUCUCCAUCCCCUCCGUCGACCACGAGGAGCUGGAGCGCUCCUUCAGCGGCUUCAGCAUCUCCCAGGCCAAGGAGGACUUCUUCGGGCCGACGUUCUUCGCGGGCUCGGGGGCCGGGGCGGGGAACGAGGCUGGAGCCGGACCCUCGCUCUGCGCCAGGGUCAGACCCUUCAUAGCGGAGGGAGAGUCGGACACAGACUCGGACCUGUACGCCCCCUCGCCCCUGUCCUUCACCGGAGAGGUGUCGUGCGGAGAGAGGGGCUGGCCGGGACUGAAGUAGUAGGCCCGUCUGCCAAUGAAGACGAUGAUGAUGAUGUUGUGAGGUCACUAAGCCCUGCGGCCAGCUGACUGACCGUCAAUGACGCUGCAGUUUCAGUUUCAGACUCUCGCAGGUGAAGCAGGACGUUGCUCAUCACUUAAACCUGUAAUAAUAUAACCCCAUUAAAACUGAGAGGUCAGCUUUCAUCUCAUCGUA